AUGGAGGGCGAGGGCCGGGGCCCGUGGGCCCUGGGGCUGCUGCGCACCUUCGACGCGGACGAGUUCGCGUGCUGGGAGAAGGUGGGCUCGGGAGGCUUCGGGCAGGUGUACAAGGUGCGCCACGUCCACUGGAAGACGUGGCUCGCGAUCAAGUGCUCGCCGAGCCUGCACGUCGACGACAGGGAGCGCCUGGAGCUUCUGGAAGAAGCCAAGAAGAUGGAGAUGGCCAAGUUCCGCUACAUCCUGCCAGUGUAUGGCAUCUGCCGGGAGCCCGUCGGGCUGGUCAUGGAGUACAUGGAGACGGGCUCCCUGGAGAAGCUGCUGGCCGCGGAGCCGCUGCCGUGGGACCUGCGCUUCCGCAUCGUCCACGAGACAGCCGUGGGCAUGAACUUCCUGCACUGCAUGUCCCCGCCGCUGCUGCACCUGGACCUGAAGCCCGCAAACAUCCUGCUGGAUGCCCACUACCACGUCAAGAUUUCCGACUUUGGGCUAGCCAAGUGCAACGGGAUGUCCCACUCUCACGACCUCAGCAUGGAUGGCCUGUUUGGCACAAUCGCCUACCUUCCUCCAGAGCGCAUCCGGGAGAAGAGCAGGCUCUUUGACACCAAGCACGAUGUGUACAGCUUCGCCAUCGUGAUCUGGGGCGUGCUCACACAGAAGAAGCCAUUUGCAGAGGAGAAGAACAUCCUGCACAUCAUGGUGAAGGUGGUGAAGGGGCACCGGCCCGAGCUGCCACCUGUCUGCAGACCCCGGCCGCGCGCCUGUGGGAACCUUAUAUCCCUCAUGCAGAGGUGCUGGCGUGCAGACCCUGGGGAGCGGCCCACCUUCCAAGAAAUUACUUCCGAAACCGAAGACCUGUGUGAGAAACCUGACGAGGAGGUGAAAGAGCCAGCCCAAGGGCCGGUGGGGCCCCGCUCCCCGGAGCCCAGGAGCGAGGCGAGGCCCGGGUCAUCGCGCCUCAAGCGCGCCUCUGCUCCCCCCUUCGAUAAUGACUGCAGCCUUUCCGAGCUGCUGUCACAGCUGGACUCGGGUAUUUCCCAGACCCUCGAGGGCCCCGAGGAGCUCAGCCGCAGCUCCUCCGAGUGCAAGCUCCCGGCGUCCAGCAGUGGCAAACGGCUCUCGGGGGUGUCCUCCGUGGACUCAGCCUUCUCCUCCAGAGGAUCCCUGUCAUUGUCGUUUGAGCGAGAACCUUCCACGGGUGACCUGGGCACCACAGACAUCCAGAAGAAGAAGCUGGUGGACGCCAUUGUGUCAGGCGACACCAGCAAACUGAUGAAGAUCCUGCAGCCGCAGGACGUGGACCUGGUGCUGGACGGCAGUGCCAGCCUGCUGCACCUGGCCGUGGAGGCCGGCCAGGAGGAGUGCGUCAAGUGGCUGCUGCUCAACAACGCCAACCCCAACCUGACCAACAGGAAGGGCUCCACGCCGCUGCACGUGGCCGUGGAGCGCAGGGUGCGCGGCGUCGUGGAGCUCCUGCUGGCCCGCAAGAUCAGCGUGAAUGCCAAGGACGAGGACCAGUGGACCCCGCUGCACUUUGCAGCCCAGAAUGGAGACGAGACCAGCACGCGGCUGCUGCUGGAGAAGAACGCCUCGGUCAACGAGGUGGACUUCGAGGGCCGGACGCCCCUGCACGUGGCCUGCCAGCACGGGCAGGAGCACAUCGUGCGCACCCUGCUGCGCCGCGGCGUCGACGUGGGCCUCGCGGGCAAGGACGCCUGGCUGCCCCUGCACUAUGCCGCCUGGCAGGGCCAUCUGCCCAUCGUCAAGCUGCUGGCCAAGCAGCCCGGGGUGAGCGUGGACGCGCAGACGGCGGACGGGAGGACGCCCCUGCACCUGGCCGCCCAGCGCGGGCACUACCGCGUGGCCCGCAUCCUCAUCGACCUGUGCUGCGAUGUCAACGUCUGCAGCCUGGCCGCCCAGACGCCCCUGCACGUGGCCGCCGAGACGGGGCACACCAGCACGGCCCGGCUGCUCCUGCACCGCGGCGCCGGCCGGGAGGCGGUGACUGCGGAGGGCUGCACCGCCCUGCACCUGGCCGCCCGCAACGGGCACCUGGCCACCGUCAAGCUGCUCGUGGAGGAGCAGGCCAACGUGCUGGCCCGCGGGCCCCUGAGCCAGACGGCGCUGCACCUGGCCGCCGCCCGCGGGCACUCCGAGGUGGUCGAGGAGCUGGUCAGCGCCGACCUCAUCGACCUGCGCGACGGGCAGGACCUCAGCGCCCUGCACCUGGCUGCCGAGGGCGGGCACGCGCGCACGGUGGAGGCGCUGCUCAAGCACGGGGCCCACAUCAGCCUGCAGGGCCUCAAGUUCCAGGGCGGCCAGAGCCCCGCGGCCACACUCCUCCGGCGGCGAAGCAAGACCUAACCGGCUGCCCACGGACUGGGGCUCCUUGCGGGCUUCUGGCCCGCCACUGUCUCCCUGUGGGACCAAACCCGUGUCGCGCUGGGACACUCGCCCCGUUGGGGGCUUGCCCAUACAUUAACCAAGCAGAGGCUGAUGCAUGACGCGGUACUGCUGUGUCAAGACAGAAGCACCUAGUAGCGCGAUCCUCCGUGUCGGGUCGUGUCGAAGGCAGGUGGCUGAUGACCCCAUCACCAGCCAGGGCGUCUGUCGUCAGAAGGGAUGAUGGGUCAGUGUCAUUUCAUUGUGCCCCUCGUGGGCUGCUGAUGUGGGUCCCUCGGUGACAAGUCUGGGCAAGGGUGUCCCCUCUGUCCCAGAGCAAGCCACCUCUGCUCAGAACACAGCAUCUCUGGUAGAGGUGGGGGAGGGGCAGUGUCUUUGGUCCUCAAACCGCGGCGGGCAGAGGAGCCCGUCGGCUGGCUUUGCAUGAGACCUAUAAGAAGCGUGUGUGGCCUUGGGACAGUCUAGUCUGUGAGAAGUGACUGUAAAGUCACGGCUUGGUGCCAACACCAAACAGCCUUACCAGCAUUGAUAUCCAGUGUCAUUUGCCACACCCUCUUCCCAGCACUGCCCUUGUAGUGGCUGAGUUCUCCUCACCUAAACACGGCAGAGCCACAUGUAAAAGUCUCUGAAAAAAAUCUUUAUAAACCGAGUUUUGUACUAGAAAGUGUUAGACAACGUUUUUGGGCUUUUGUUCUUGGCAAAGUGGUAUCUUGUGCCAGGGGAUGUUUUGGCAUCUCGGGCUUUUCUGCCCUGCCCUGUGGUGACUCCAGAGUGACUGAACUGCAGUAGUCAGGGUGUGGCCCGGGGUGGCUGUAGAUGUUAGCCCUCUUGAUGUCAAAGGACCUGAUUGGCUCCCUGUUAAAGGCUUGGGGCCUCCUGAGCCCCAGGGCUCUAGAAGAGUGCGUUGCAGAAGUGACCUUGUGUGCAGACGUGCUAUAGCCUGGCGAAUGCCGUAGCGAUUGAUAUCGAGUACUGUGUACGUCGAUGUGAAUCACGGACAAGAUGCUUCUCUAUGUCAGGAAAUACACAAUCCGGAACUGGCUAUGUUUUAAUACGCCUCAGUGUGCUUUCACUGGAUUCCGCUCCUGCUGUGUAAGAGAAGACCUCAGGUCUGUGAUGUUUAAAUAAAGUUCUUGGAAGUCA